GUAGAGAUGAAUCAAGGGGUCAUAAAAUACAAGAAAAAAAAAUAUUUAUAUUAUCUGUCCUAAUUAUGGCGAAACUCAUAAAAAUAUUGCUGCUAGUUAACAUGAUAUUCUACGUUUUGCUAUUUAUUAAGAAGAUAAUAUUGGUCACAGCAAUAGUAUUUCCAUCAGUUCUCAGUCAUAUUAAGCAAGCUUGUCAGCAACAUCACCAUCAUUCCACUGCUGUGAUAGCUGAAGAAGCUCCAGCUCACUCAGUUUCAAAUUCAUGGUUUGGAUGGCGGCAAGACGGCCAAGACAAACGAUAUUGGUGAAGAACAAUCAAAGACUCAAAAUAUUUUUAACUACAUACAUAUUUAUUUUCUUUGUUAAAAAUUUAGAAAUACAUUUCAUUAAUCUAAUUUAGGUUGUUUUUUUUUUUUAUUUCUUUUUGUGAUUUACAAAAUUAUUGGUAAGUGAAAAUUAUCAUUUUACAGUUAACAUUUUUCGAGCUACUUUGUUGCACCUUAAAUUAACGCGUAAGCUGAAACUCUCUAGGGAAUGAAUACUAUUGUGAUAUUUCCAAAAAUAAUAAAAAAUAUAAAAUUUU